GCACUUUGAACAACAGUAAUGGCUACAUGGAGAAAAGCAAAUAGGUUUAACGAGGUAAUAGGUUUAUUAACAUAAAAAGUGCAGUAAAGGGAACGUGAUUUAUUAUUGUUCUUUGUUGGAAAGCGGUGGUUUCAAACCUGGGUUAUCCACCGCAGAAACGAAACCUUAGUGAAGCAGACGCACGCAGCAGACUGGAGGAUGUGGAAAUUUCCUAGUUUUGCGCAAAAACGCAUUUUCCGACACCCCCCCAGCACCUCAACAUGAAACCAACUGCCAGCAGAGUCAGUCUUCUGCAAACGUGUGAGAGGACAGAACAUCUCCAGAAGUCAUCAUGGCUCCUCUGCUUUGGGUUGUUUUUCUCCUGUAUGCUGCAGGAUGCUGCCCAUCCUCCUCCUCCUCCUCACCUGGUCCCAGCUCCGUUCUGGUGAUCCAGAAGGGCCAGAAUGUUUCUCUGAGCUGCAACCUGUCUUCCAGCGGAGAGGUCACCUGGUACCUGCUGCGCUCCGAGCAGCUGCUGCCUCUGCUCACCCAGAGAUCCAGUAAACUCUCAGGUGGAGACACAGCAGACGUCCACUCUGGAAACAAACGCCUAGGCUGGGCAGGAGCCGUGGAGAGCGGCCAGGUCAGCCUGGAGAUCAAUGAGGUGCAGGAGGAGGAUGCUGGGCUGUAUUUCUGUGCCAGGCGCCUCGAAGCAAGUGAGCAUGUAAAUGGAGGAAUCCAGCUCACAAUGAGUGGAGCUGAUGGGAAGAAGCCAAUCAGGGACCGGGCCCAGCCAUGUUGGACUCUGGGAGUUUGGGUGCUCACAGCUUUAGUUUUCCUCUGCUUUGUAGUCCUGGUUGGAUUCUGCCUGAGUUCAGGAAAACCUGUUUGCUGCUGUGAUUUACAUCAAUGGAACAACAGGCUGCCCGUAACAAAGGAGGAAUCUCUGCAUUAUUCCAGUCUGAAGCAUGUAGGAAAACCUCGCCGCACAGACAGGGAGGAGCUUGUGACGUAUUCUACUGUGAGCCACAAAAACAACGUCAGCGGUCCACAAAACCAUCGAUAAAUUGCUCCUUUUUCUCUCUGCCACAGUCAGUUCUGCACAGCUCAGUGGAUAGUUGGACUUAAACAGAUGUCUACCUUUAAGUUCUGCUUUAUACUUUUCAUUGCAAUAUUAUAUCAUGAAAACUAUAUGAUCAAAGAUUGUUUGCAGAGAUUUGUAUUAACAAAUUAACAUUUAGACCUGAAGGAAUGUAUGCAAUGUUAUCAUAAUGACGUUUUUGUAUUACUGUCACUUUUAAAAUAUGUUGAAAUACUGAGUGGAGGUUAUGGGGCUCCACUCAGUAUUUGUUUUGAAUGUCAGAGUGGCUGUAUUUGUACAUUUGCUGUAUUACCACUUUUUUUUUUUUUUUAACAAACUUGUAAAAACAGUUUUUAUCCUUUUUUUAAUGAAAAUAUUUCCACACAUGCUAGUGAGCUUCCUUUGCAUUAGUUAUGACAUAACUUUGCAGGAUUUGAAAAAAGUGUGUUUUUUUUACUGUCAUAACUACAGAUACUCUGCUAUUUUGGUUCAACCAUGAUCCCAGCUGCUUAACAAAAGAAUGUUAAAGUUAAAAAUGUUGGCAUAAAGAAAGUUUUUUUUUUUUUACGGAGCCCCUAAAGAGACAUUGAAGAAGAUAAAAGACUUGAAGUAAAAGGGGGGAAAAAAGUUUUUUUUAACUUAGAUUUUUCUUUUCUUCAAUUUUUGUUGUGCUCACCAUUUAGUAAUGUGUUAUUUCUUCUUCCUUCUUCUUUUUUUUACUUUGAAUUUUUUUCCACUUUUUUUUACUUACAUUUUUUUUCUUUGAUUUUUUUUCUUCAAUGUCCCUUUAGGGCCUCCAUAUAUUUUCACAUAAACGAGUUUUUUUAAUACGAUGUCAACUUUCUUUUAAACUUUUCUAUUAAAAUGAUUAUAA